AUGUCCUCUCCAUCCCAUGACGUCUUCGCUGCCUCAGGUGUCUACACAUACUCCAGGAUCGCCCGUCACUGGUCCCUCUCCCCUCACCCGGAGAGUCGCCUCCAGAAAAUAUCAUCCAGGUUCCGCCCGCUCCCUCGCCCGGUUACCACCCCCCCCCCGAGUCUACGACGGCGACGAGACGAGCGACAACCUGGAGAACGAUACCCAGACGUUUACCGGGUGACAAAUAUUCCCCGACACGAUCGAGUCCAGAGACAACCCAAGAAGAUCGGGGAGAUCCGCGCUUCUCCCCCUCGUGACUCGCCGGAAGACGGAGAAGAAGGAGACAAUAGCGGACGAGGAAGAAGACGCAGACAGGAAGAAGACGCAGACGGGAUCAUGACCCAGUCAGACUCGCGGCCGACCCCCGAGGCCACUCCGGCCGAGUCGCGCGAACAGGACUCGACCGAUGCCUCGGCCUCCUCCAGCGCCCGCACGACGAAACAAGGAGCCACCAUUCGCUUUUUCCCCUACCAAGAUUCCCCCCAAAGUCCCCGUCCCUCCCUCCCCUUCAUCCCCCUGUCCCGGACCCUCCCCUCCGACAGCUGCGUCAUCCGCGUCGGUCGCUACUCCGAACGCGAUGGGCACCCCGUCGCCAACCCCCCCGGCCUGUCCGAUGCCCCCGUCGGCUUCAAGUCCAAGGUCGUCAGUCGAAAACACUGCGAGUUCCUCUACAUGAACGGUCAGUGGCACGUCAAGGACGUCGGCAGCUCCUCCGGCACCUUUCUGAACCACAUGCGGCUGAGUCAGCCCAACAUGGCCUCCCGCCUCUAUCCCGUCAAGGAUGGGGACAUCGUCCAGCUGGGCAUCGACUACCGCGGCGGCGAGGAGAUGAUCUAUCGCUGCGUGCGCAUUCGCGUCGAGUGCAACCGGGCCUGGCAACGCCAACCCAACAAGUUCAAUCAAAAUACCGAGACCCUGAUCCAGAAUCUGGGCAAGGGCGAUGCCGCGAACUAUGAAGGGUGUCGCGAGUGUUCCAUCUGCUUGGGCUCGGUUCUGCGACCCUACCAGUGCUUGUUUAUGGCAGCGUGUGCCCACGUGUGGCAUUACAAAUGCGUCAGCCGCCUGAUCCACACGCCCGAUUACCCCAUGUUCCAGUGUCCCAACUGUCGCGCCUACACCGACCUCAGCGCCGAGGUCGACGACACCAACGAGUCCGAGAAGGACGAGAGGGAAGGGGUGGAUGCCUCGCCCGCCGCCGCCCCGGCCGAUCCCCAGCCGGAGUCGGCGCGGGUGACCCCGAGCCCGGGAGCGGAUCCGGCGAGUGAUCCGCCGGCGGAGGACCCGUCGCAGAUCGCCGAGGCGGAUGGGGGUUCCCACCCGACCCCACCGCCGGCGGCCGGACUGGUGGACACCGUCGAGAACAUGCACCUCCAUGAUCCCGAGGGCGCGCCCGACGGGGGAGCCCUGGGUCCGACGGAGACCGCCGUCUCGACGACCCCGGAACCCCCGCGGUCCGUCCGAUCGUCGCCGGCCACUACCAACACCGAUUCGGUGGCCCCCACCCUCCCCGUCGAUGUCCCGGGUUGGCAGACGCUGGGCCCGGCGCCCAGCGUCCUGGCAUGUCGACCGGCUCAACUCCGCGCCGACACCCCCGUGCGAUCCGAAUCGUCUGAUGACAACGUCAUGACCCCGGAGAACGACUCGGGCAUCUUGGCGCUGGACGGGCGGGCGGGCAUGCCGUGA